GGGCUGGCGGAGCGCCCACGGCGCAGCCUCCCGCCUCUAUAUAAACACACGCAUCGCCUCGCUUUGGACUCAAAUUCACAUUGAGAGAAGCUUUUAAAACCACCAGCCCUGAAAUCCUGCCUCCUGCUUUUCCCCCUCUUUCAUUCCUUUUGCCUUCCUUUCUUUUUUCCCCCUUUCUUCCCCCAGCAGCAACUCCAGAGCCGAGAGACUGCGUCCCGGGACGGAUUGCCUUUUCUUAAUUGAUACAAUAGCCCAGCUCGGGUUUUCACCUCCUCCCCCAACCCCACCCCGCCUCACCCCGCCCGCCGCCGCCGCCGCCGCCGCCGCCGCCCCAGCGCCCGCCCGGGGCUCUGUCGUCGGCCGCGUCCCGUCCCGGCCGCGGCCCGCCGGCUCAGCACCCGCGCUCCGGCUGCCGCGCCCGCCGCGCCGCCUAGCCAGCCGCGCCCGCCUCGGGGGUGCGCGGCGGCGGCUCUGCGGCUCGGGCGCGCCGCCGGGGGCAGCCCGCGGACGCUGGGCUCGGGCCUCUCGACUCGCCUCAGCCGGGGAGCCUUCCCCUUCGCCCCCAAAGUUUCUGGGUUCGUUGGAAUUUUUGGAUUCAGAGUUUUUUCCCUUUUUUUUUUCCACCUAGGAAUUUGAGGGGAAAACUUUUGACAAAUCGAUCGCACUUUCUCUCCGCUAGCUCUUACGAGAGAGGCUCCCGCUGGACAAAGUUUUCCAAAGUUUUCCGAGUGUGAUGGUUGCGGGGAGAGCUAAUCCACCAGCUUGAUUCACGGCUUCAUCUCACCACCCUCGAGCAGUCCCCAAGCCCGCUAUAAGGGAACAAACAAACAAACAAACAAACAAAGUUACACUCCGAGUCUCCUCGAGUCUCCUCUCUCUCUUCUUGUAGGCAAUUUUUUUCCUCCCUCUCUCCGCUCCCCUCGCAGCCUCCACUCCCCUUCCCGCGGCCCCUUCCUCCUUCUCUGUUUCGGCUGGAGGUACCAGGACCCCCGGCCGCAGCCUCCCCUCCCCCGCCGUUCGUGUCCCUUCUCAUCCGGCCUUCCCCUCCCCCGCCGCGGCCGGCACAGCCAAUCCCCCGAGCGGCCGCCAACAUGCUCUUUGAGGGCUUGGAGCUGGUGUCGGCGCUGGCCACCCUCGCCGCGUGCCUGGUGUCGGUGACGCUGUUGCUGGCCGUGUCGCAGCAGCUGUGGCAGCUGCGCUGGGCUGCCACCCGCGACAAGAGCUGCAAGCUGCCCAUCCCCAAGGGCUCCAUGGGCUUCCCGCUCAUCGGAGAGACCGGCCACUGGCUGCUACAGGGUUCCGGCUUCCAGUCCUCAAGGAGGGAGAAGUAUGGCAACGUGUUCAAGACGCACUUGCUGGGGCGGCCGCUGAUCCGUGUGACUGGCGCAGAAAACGUGCGCAAGAUCCUCAUGGGCGAGCACCACCUCGUGAGCACUGAGUGGCCACGCAGCACGCGCAUGCUGCUGGGCCCAAACACAGUGGCCAACUCCAUCGGCGACAUCCACCGCAACAAGCGCAAGGUCUUCUCCAAGAUCUUCAGUCAUGAGGCCCUGCAGAACUACCUGCCUAAGAUCCGGCUGGUGAUCCAGGACACGCUUCGCGCCUGGAGCAGCUGUCCUGAGGCCAUCAACGUGUACCAGGAGGCGCAGAAGCUCACCUUCCGCAUGGCCAUCCGUGUGCUGCUGGGCUUCAGCAUCCCCGAAGAGGACCUUGGCCACCUCUUUGAAGUCUACCAGCAGUUUGUUGAGAACGUCUUCUCCCUGCCUGUCGACUUGCCUUUUAGCGGCUACCGACGGGGCAUUCAGGCACGGCAGAUCCUGCAGAAGGGCCUAGAAAAGGCGAUCCGGGAGAAGCUGCAGUGCACCCAGGGCAAGGACUACUCGGACGCACUGGACAUCCUCAUUGAAAGCAGCAAGGAGCAUGGGAAGGAGAUGACCAUGCAGGAGCUGAAGGACGGGACCCUGGAGCUGAUCUUCGCAGCCUACGCCACCACUGCCAGUGCCAGCACCUCGCUCAUCAUGCAGCUGCUGAAGCACCCAGCCGUGCUGGAGAAGCUGCGAGAGGAGCUGCGGGCCCAGGGCAUCCUGCACAGUGGCGGCUGCCCUUGUGAGGGCACACUGCGCCUCGACACCCUCAGCGGGCUACACUAUCUGGACUGUGUCAUCAAGGAGGUUAUGCGCCUUUUCACACCCAUUUCUGGUGGCUACCGUACCGUGCUGCAGACCUUCGAGCUUGAUGGUUUUCAGAUUCCCAAAGGCUGGAGUGUCAUGUACAGCAUCCGGGAUACCCACGACACGGCACCUGUGUUCAAAGACGUGAACGUAUUCGAUCCAGACCGCUUUGGUCAGGCACGGAGUGAAGACAAGGAUGGCCGCUUCCAUUACCUCCCGUUCGGCGGCGGUGUCCGCACCUGCCUGGGCAAGCAUCUGGCCAAGCUGUUCCUGAAGGUGCUGGCGGUGGAGCUGGCUAGCACGAGCCGCUUUGAGCUGGCCACCCGGACCUUCCCCCGCAUCACCUUGGUCCCUGUCCUGCACCCCGUGGAUGGCCUCAGUGUCAAGUUUUUUGGCCUGGACUCUAACCAGAACAAGAUCUUGCCAGAGACGGAGGCCAUGCUGAGCGCCACAGUCUAAACGCGCCUGGCCCAUACCCCCACCUCAGCCCAGCCAGGCGGGGUGGGGUGGGGUGGUGGUGGUGGGAGGCACCAGAAGGGUCGAAACCUGUGUGUGGGAGGGGGCGGGAACGUGGGGAAGGGGGAGCGGCCCCCCAUACCUUACCCUCCCCUGUUUCCUCUCCCUGGCAAACCCUACCCAAAGCCAGAAGGGUCCCGUCCUUCCAGGGGAAAGGCUCUUCUCCUGGCUCCUACUUCUCUCCAGUCCCUCCAGUUCCCACCAGCUUAGCUUCUGGGAAGGGGCAUGGCGGGGCACUCUGCAUGCCCAUUACAGUGUUAAAAGUCAGUGGCUUGGCUGUCGCAUUUGCUUGUCAUGUUCUGAACUGGUCCCACCUCUCCCAUUUCUUUUGGGCCCCUUUAGUCUGAGGACGGGUGGUUGAGGGGGAGGGAGGAAAAGAGGUGCCCCAUUUGGGGCUCUCUUCAGCACCCCCUCCCUUCCUGCUUUGACUCAGACUGGUAGAGUGCCCCUCCUGGUGUGGCUGCCCCGGAAUAGCUACUGGGUAAGAGAACACGAGUCACCCUUGGUAGAGUGGGGGGCUGCAAGCAGCCUGCAGGAGCCCCACCCUGUUGCCAGUUUGGACAUUUGAAAUUACCUAUUGCUGCUACUUUUUCUCUCUCUGACCUUGGGGCAAAGGAGCCCCAGGCCCUGUCCUCCCAGCACCCUCCCUGGUGGCCCUGGGCAUGCGCACUGACAUCCUCACCUUCCUGCCAGGCAGCCUUGAGCCCAUCCUACUUCCCUGUUACACACAUGCCCAAGGCCUUUGGCUCAUGGGCUGCCCGCUGCCCCUCACCCCGGACCCUCCCCACUCCCCCCAUAUUUAUUCACUUAUACAACCGAAUCUUGGUGUUCCCGGGGACUGGAAUAAGCAUCUCUUCUGUCCCCAGCCACCUUCCCAGCUGUCCAGGGCAGGGUUUCUGCAAAUGAUGCGGUCCUCCCACCCACAGGCUCCAGACCUUCUGUGGGUUCGACCUCAGAGCCUCACUCUCCGGGUGAAGUCCAGUGCCUCCGCCUUUGCCCCCUGGCGGUGGUGGGGAAAUGGCCCUCUGCCUCCCUCCCUGCUCUGUCAAAAACCCUGUUCACAUGGGGAUUUGGAGGCUGCCACAAGCUCUUGCUUGGCCACUGUUCACCCCGGUGCCCCCCACUCCUCCCAGUGAGCAUGGGGAAGUAUACGGGUUCUUUCUUCUGACAGGGAGCGAGGGCCCCUGUUGUCCGUCCCUUGACCCUCACCCUUGGCCCUUUGCCCUUGGAAAGAUGUCCUUGAAGUCCCACCCACCUCUAUGCCACUGUCUACUUAGCCCAGCUCAGAGGUGUGGGGACAAGACGAAAGCAAGGGGAGGUGAGCGAAGAAGGCGGCCCGUUCGCUGCACUGACUCAGGUCCUCUGCUGUGGCCUGGAGGCAGCUGCAGGGGGGGGUGCUGCAGAGCUGAGGAGGAGGGUACGUGAGAUUUGUCAGAAGUGAUUUGGCUGAAAACUGGCCAGUCAGGGGAUGACUGGGGGACAGAGGAGUGGUUCCUGCCACUGGCAUUUUGAGUGUUGGAAAUUUGGGAUGCCUCCCGGGAUGGUUUUGGGGGUCUCUGGUGAGUCUCUAAGUGAUUUUGUCUGUUUUCAGAUUUUUCUUGGCUUUCUGUGUUUCUCUAUUGGAUUUUGAUGUUAUAUAAAAUCGACGAAUCAUCUUUACAAGAAAAUCAAAAACACACAGAAGAGACAAAAGAGUGCAGGAUACCAUUCCCUCCAGUUCCCUCUCUGUAGCAGUGGCUACUGUGGCCACUGAGUGGCCCCCUCAUGGUGCUUGCAGACCCCCACCCGCCCCGACUCACAUCCCUGUGUGGUAGGCUUUAGGGCAACGGGUUCAUGCCUGGUGGACCGCUCUAUAACCCCUGUUCUCAAGUGUUUUAUUUGGUUCCUACAUUUUCACUACUAAAAAACAGUGCAGAACAGGGGCAUCAUUGGCAAAGAGACAUUUUUAAAAUAUUAGCAAAAUCUCUCAAUCCACCCCCCCCCCCCCCCACACACACAUUCUGAAAAACAGGCAAACAUGUGUCAAGACUCAUCAACGCUUGCAAAAUACCUGCAUGGUGCACCAGAAUUUCAUACCCAUAAAAAAGCCCAGUGUCUGCAAGGUUCCUGGUCCAUUAAGCUGACCCAGCUUGUCCUGAACCAGUCGCUUUUGACUGAACAUCUAGGAAGGCAGUAAGUGCUACUUCAGACAGGAAGCCCACCAGGCCUGGCCCUGGUAAGGGGUUGGGGGGUCUGGAGGGCUCUGGGAGGCAUCAGUGGCCUUCUCUUGGGGUGACCAGCCUGGGAGGGGCAGAGGGGAAGUUGGAGGGGGUCCCCGUGAGGAGGAAGGAAGGAUUAUUUACCCCGCUGGGUCUCAAAGGCAACAAGAAGGGAACCGAAAGAAGCUCUUGACUGGCUGACAGGAGGGUCCCAGUGUCGAAAUUCAGCCGUCUCUCCUCUCUGUGUCCAUCCGUGUCCGUGUGUUUCUUGUAUAGGCUCUAUAGAGGUAGCGCUAGAUGGGUGAUGUUUCCUCACUUACCAUUCCUAACUAUUGUAACUUGACAUUAAAAAGACAAAACCCCACAACCCUCUUCCUGCCACGGGCUUGCAGAUUGAAGCACUUUCGAUGUUGGGCGCUGGCGUUUGUGUUCUGGGUACCAUCCUGACCCUGCCCGGAUCACUAUAAUAUUAUUUUAUACACAAAACUUUUUUUUUCAUAAAUGUUAUAAUUUUGUGUCUGUCUUUAUAAACUAUUAUAAGUACUAUUUUUGUUAUAAUUCAAAAUAGAUAUUUAGUAUAAAGUUUUUGCUGUUAAAUAUUUGUUAUUUAGUAAAAUAUGAAUUUUUUUCUCUAUUGUAAACAUGGUUCAAAAUAUUAAUAUGUUUUUAUCACAGUUGUUUUAAUAUUGAAAAAGCACUUGUGUGUUUUGUUUUGAUAUGAAACUGGUGCCGUGUGAGUGUUUUUGCUGUCAUGUGGUUUUAAUCUGUAUAUAAUAUUCCAUGUUGCAUAUUAAAAAAAAAUGAAUGUUGUGCAUUUUGUGAUUUUGGAAAUACUCAACCUGGCUCUUUUAUAGGCUUCCAUAAUAAACCGUGGGGACUCA